CUUCCGGCCUCCCUCAAAGCGGCCAUGUUAGCUACUCAUGGUUUUGUUCAGCGGCUAAGAGGCGCCGAAGCGCCCGCUCACGGCGGAGGGGACGACGAGGAGGCGCGGGAGGAGGCGCCGUCCCCGCGGCGCAGGCGGCUCUGAGGCUUGGCGACGCCGCCCGGGGCCCCGCGCCAGGCCCGAGCCAGGGAGCGCCGCGCCCGGCGCCUCGUCUCCCGCCGCUCCCGGCGCCGCUCCGCCCCCGAGGCUGAUGGCGGCGGCCGCGCGGAGGGAGCCGGCUCAGGGCAGUGUGACCUUUGAAGAUGUGGCCGUGUACUUCUCCUGGGAGGAGUGGAGUCUCCUUGAUGAGGCUCAGAGAUGCCUGUACCAGGAUGUGAUGCUGAAGAACUUGGCACUGAUAACCUCCCUGGAUUGUUGGCAUGGAGCAGAAGAUGAGGAGACACCAGCUGAGCAGAGCAUUUCUGUACAAGGAGUGUCACGGAUCAGGACUCCCAAGGCAGGUGUGUCUCCCCAGAAUGCCCAGCCUUGUGAAAUGUGUGGCCCGGAAUUGAGAGACAUUUUCCACUUGACUGAGCACCAGGAAACACAUUGUUGGCAGAAGCUGUACAGGAUGGGGGCAUGUGAGAAACAGUUGUAUUUCAGUGCAAAACUUCAGCCCCAGAAGCAGCACACUGGAGAGAAGUGCUUCAGAAGCAACAUGGGCAGAGCCUCAUUUGUGAAGGACUACAAAUUCUGUGUGUCAGGGAAGCCCUUUUCCUGUGAGGAGGUUGUGAGGGACAUCGUGGCUAGCUCAGGAUUUCUCCAGUGUCAGGCCACACACACCAGGGAAAAGUCAAAUAGGAGAACUGAAUGUGGGGCAGCCUUUCAUAAGGGAAACACUCAGUACACCUCUGGAGAACGCACAAAAGACUUUGAUUGCAAACACACACUUGUUCAGCACCAGAGAGUCCUCACUAGAGAAAAAAACUACAUGUGCAGCGAAUGUGGGAAAUCUUUUAGCACGAGCUACAGCUUCAGUGACCAUUGGAGAGUUCACACUGGGGAAAGGCCUUAUGAGUGUGGGGAGUGUGGGAAAUCCUUUAGGCAAAGCUCUAGCCUCAGUCAACACCGGAGAGUUCAUACAGGAGCAAGGCCUCACGAGUGUGAUGAAUGUGGAAAAUCGUUUAGCAACAAAUCCAACCUCAUUAAACACAGGAGAAUUCACACUGGAGAAAGGCCAUAUGAGUGUAGUGAAUGUGGGAAAACCUUUAGUGAAAGCUCUGCACUCCUUCAACACCAGAGUGUUCACACUGGAGAAAGGCCUUAUGAGUGUAGUGAGUGUGGGAAAUUCUUUACCUACCACUCCAGUCUCAUUAAACACCAGAGAGUUCACUCUGGAUCAAGGCCCUAUGAGUGCAGUGAAUGUGGAAAAUCCUUUACUCAAAACUCCAGCCUCAUUGAGCACCGUAGGGUUCAUAGUGGAGAAAGGCCUUAUAAAUGCAGUGAAUGUGGGAAAUCAUUUAGCCAAAGCUCUGCGCUUCUUCAGCAUCGGAGAGUUCACACUGGAGAAAGGCCUUAUGAAUGCAGUGAAUGUGGGAAGUUCUUUACUUACAGCUCCAGUCUCUUAAAACACCAGAGAGUUCACACUGGAUCAAGGCCCUAUGAGUGCAGUCAAUGUGGGAAAUCGUUUACUCAAAGCUCCAGCCUUAUUAAACACAGGAGAGUUCACACUGGAGAAAGGCCUUAUGAGUGCAGUGAAUGUGGGAAAUCUUUUAGCGACAGCUCUGGUCUCAUUAAACAUCGAAGAGUUCAUGCUGGAUAAAGGCCUGAUGAAUGCAGUGAAUCUGGGAAAUUGUUUAGCCACAGCUCCAAUUUCAGUAAUCACUAGAGUGUUCAAACUGGAGAAAGGCUUUAUGAGUAUUUGAAUGUGGGGAAUUUAGCUACAAUACCAGGCUCCUAAACACUAUAACUUCACAUUGGACAAAGGCCCUAAUGAGUGUGGCAAAUGUGGGAAAUCGUUUAAGCCAAGUCUAACUUCAUUACACCCCAGAGACUUCACAGUGGAGAAAA